UGUUUUAUGGCUGCUCUCGUCACCCAAUCAAUGAGCUCGCCCUGGGAAAGCCGGAGGAUUCGUUACCUGUUUGAGCUGUGAUCCUGCCAGACGCCGUGCCAACAUCUCCUUCUUCUUCCUCGCACGUUUCCUCGUCUUUUCCUCGGGCCCCUCCUCUCCAGUCUUGUCUGUGUGCUGUGCAGUGUGUGAGAGAGAGAAGAGAGUAUGGCUGCAGACGGAGCCAGGUCCAGGUUUGGCAAUCUGGGCCAUCGUGCCGGAGGAAGCAACAGCAGCAGCCCAUCUUCCAGUCCCAAGCUUGGCGGGGGCAAGAGCCGAACUCCCCCGCAGUCCCAGAGUCCUUCUUCACCUGGCAGCAAGCACCAGCAGCUGAGACAAGCCCCUGCCUCUCCAGGACAUGCCUUCAGGAAAGUGACCCUCACCAAGCCCACCUUCUGUCACCACUGCACGGAUUUCAUCUGGGGACUGGGCGGCUUCCUGUGUGAGGUUUGCAAUUUUAUGUCCCAUGAAAAAUGCUUAAAACAUGUCAAGACCCUCUGUGGCUGUAUGGCUCCAAGUCUAGUACGGGUCCCUGUUUCACAUUGCUUUCGUCCACCGGGGCAUUACAAAAGGAAGUUCUGCGCAGUCUGUAGAAAACUUUUGGAAGACAGUCUAGCCUUACGGUGUGAAGUUUGUGAGCUCCAUGUGCAUGCAGAUUGUGUCCUUUUCGCCUGCAGCGACUGUCGACAGUGCCACCACGAUGGACAGCAGGGCAAUGAUACAUACCACCAUCACUGGCGAGAGGGAAAUUUGUCUUCAAAUGCUCGUUGUGAAGUCUGCAAGAAAACGUGUGGAUCUUCUGAAGUCCUUUCUGGCAUGAGAUGUGAAUGGUGUGGUAUUCAGGCACAUGCAGCUUGUUAUAUAAUCCUAAACCACGAGUGCAUGUUUGGAAGAUUAAGAAACAUGGUACUUCCACCAAACUGUGUUCGCUUACAGUCUCGCAACUUCAGUAAACUGCACUGCUUUAGAAUAUCAGAGAAUCUUCAAACAGAGCAAGAAGAAGACAAUGAAACAGAUGGAAUAACACAAGGAUCAGUAAAAGAAACUCCCACAUCUAAUGAUUCAAGCAAACAAAGUUUAAAGAUUUACGAUGGUCAUGAUGCAGUAAAGCGGAAUCAGCCACGGAUUAUUUCUGUUCCAAGGAUCACUAAGAGUGAAGAAGUGGUGGAGGCAUCAUUGAGGGCAUUCUACAUUCCUGAUGACCCACAAGAUUAUGAGCUUCAGACGCUGACUCCGCAGACAUUGGUCUCUGAUGAUGUUAUCAACCGAAAUGGAACAAUAGACGAUGGCAAAGUCAGUUCAGUGUUUAAAGAGACGACACCUGAAGCUUGGAUAAUCAGAGCAAAACCAAAGGAGAGAGAAGUCAUCAAAGUCUAUCUUGGCUGGAUGAAAGUUGGUAUGGCAUAUAUUUCCAUUCCUGUAAAUUCUGAGACCACCGUGCAGGAUUUCAUUCAGGAGGUUCUGUUACAAGUUGGGCGUCAGAAGGAACAUCUAGAGGAUUUCAGGCUGGUGGAAAUUCUUAUGGGCAGUAAGCAAGUACAGAGAAUGGUGCUUCCAGUUGAAGAGUUAAUGCUUGACCGAUUGAAAGAUAUUCGCAAGACUUCUAUACGUCAGAUGAACCAAACCAGGUUUUACGUGGAAGAAAAUACAAAGCCUGAGCUUCAAAUUGAGCUGUUGGUCAGUGGUUUACCAGUCUUGAUGUCUGGGGAAGAAUACACCAAUAUCUUAAGAGAUAGUUUAGGAAUAAAGGAAAAUGUGGUGACUGUGGUUCCAGCUUAUGCCCCUCAAGGUGCUGUUGUGUUGCAGAUUUCUUGUUUUUCUGAAGCUGAGCGAAUAUUUAUGCUAGUGAAAGACACAACUGUUAACAUCAAGCAACUUACUGCUGUUAUCAUUCCCAAUAUUGUGCAUGAAAAAUUACCUCAGAGUUCAUGUCCCCUUCUGGUAUUUGUAAACCCUAAGAGCGGAGGCCUUAAGGGCCGCGACCUCCUCUACAGUUUCCGCAAACUGUUAAACCCACAUCAAGUCUUUGAACUGACGAAUGGGGGUCCUCUACCGGGAUUUCAUACUUUCGCUAAAGUCCCUUUUUUUCGAGUACUUGUUUGUGGUGGUGAUGGUACAGUUGGUUGGGUGCUUGGUGCACUAGAGGAGAUCCGGCACAAGCUGGUGUGCCCAGAACCAUCUAUAGCAGUCUUACCUCUAGGAACAGGUAAUGAUCUGGGCAGAGUCCUACGAUGGGGAGCAGGUUACAGUGGAGAGGAUCCAUAUUCCGUACUUAUAUCUGUAGAUGAAGCAGAAAAUGUUCUUAUGGAUCGAUGGACUAUACUUCUUGAUGCUCAAGAAGUUGUUGACUCCAUGGAAAAUGGUAUUUCAGAACCUGAGCCACCAAAGAUUGUUCAAAUGAAUAACUACUGUGGAAUUGGGAUUGAUGCAGAAUUAAGUUUGGAUUUCCAUCAUGCUCGUGAAAUUGAACCUGGAAAAUUCAAUAGCAGGUUCCAUAAUAAAGGAGUCUAUGUAAAAGCUGGUUUACAAAAGCUAAGUCACAAUCGAAAUUUACAUAAAGACUUGAAACUUCACGUGGACCAACAAGAGGUGGAACUGCCAAAUAUAGAAGGUCUCAUCUUUCUAAAUAUUCCCAGUUGGGGCUCAGGUGCUGAUCUGUGGGGCUCUGAUAAUGACAAUCGAUAUGGAAAGCCAAGAAUUGAUGAUGGGUUACUUGAAGUUGUUGGUGUGACUGGCGUAGUUCACAUGGGCCAGGUUCAGGGAGGACUUAGAUCAGGUAUUCGGAUUGCACAAGGAUCGUAUUUCCGUGUAACACUUCUGAAGCCUAUUCCAGUGCAAGUUGAUGGUGAACCUUGGAUCCAGUCCGCCGGCCAGAUAAUCAUUUCUGCUGCAGGGCCAAAGGUUCACAUGCUGAAGAAAUCAAAGCAAAAGCAAAAGAAAUCGUCAAGUUCCAAAGACCCAAAAGGAGAUUCUGUUACUCAGAACAACAAUGGAAGUUCGUGAGAUCUCUAGGGGAACGCUCCAGUAAUACACUGACAUGAGAUCGCAGUUGGAACUAGGAUCUUGUUCUUCUGCCAGAGGCUAGCUGGAUGAAUACUCUUCUUCCACAGUAUCCCUAAUAUUGUCUAUGUAGUAUGCAGUCAUCUGCGGAAUCUUCGUCCUUACAGCUUCCGCUAACCGUCUGAAAAUAUUCAGGGUUGUAGCCUUGUAUCUGUAGACCUAUUUCCGCCUUCCGCCUCAUAAAGGUGACAGUUGCUUGUGCAUGACACAAAAUGGCUGACGUGGUGCACUGUGGCUACCCUUAGUUUAACCAUUUCUAGAACAUGGUUAUGCCUAGAUGUUGUAAGGGGAACUUACCACUUAUUUUGCUGUUUUCUUUUUUUACAUGACUAGUGUUUAAAUGCUUGAUGUUUAAAGGCAGAAUUUUUAAACGACACCUAUACAGUACGUUGUGUCCAAUUCCCACAUCAAGAGCCUCACUGGAAAAAUAUCUCAUCCCAUGCUGCAUACUGUACUGUACAAACACUAUUUUUAGACAGUCUAUUUUCUAUAAAGAGGUAUUAUCAAUACAUAUCUGACCUCAAAAGUGUUUAGGAAAACCGUCAUUCCCUGUGAGCAUUUGUCGAGCUUUAUUCUUUUUGUAGUAAAAUACAAAGAAGACAUUAGGAGCAUAGUUUUCCAUGCCGUGAUGGAAUGUAUGGCAAUUUAGUACUGUAAGCAUUUUAUAUCUACUGACCAUAGGACGUUAUAUAUUUAUUGUUAAAAAAAAAAACGGGAAAUCCUUUCCCAUUAAAUUGUAUUUAUUUAAUUUGACAGUGGUGGAGACUGAGGCUUCCUCAAUGUUAAAAUUACCUGCUGCGUUUAAGUAACUCCUACACAUUCAAAAACACAAAGUAGCUUUCCAUUUAGUAUG